AUGGACCAACAACAACAACAACUUCUUCAUCAUCAACAACAACAACAGCAACAACAGAAUGAACAACAUCAACAACAUCAACAACAACUUCAACAACAACAACUUCAACAACAGCAUCAACAACAACAACAACAACAACAUCUUCAACAACAACAACAGCAACAUCAGCAACAACAACAACAGCAACAACAACAAUAUCAACAACAUCAGCAACAACAUCAACAGCAACAACAUCAACAACAGAAUGAACCAACCGCUUAUGCAUCAUUGCAAGGCGCAAACCUUGGUGUACCACAUCUACAGCCACAUCCAAAUGCCGUACCAGAGGCAGAUUACAACACUUAUUUGAUCGCCGGUAAUGCAUCAUUCAAGGUGCCAAUCCGAUACAAACUGAUCAGAUGCAUUGGUUAUGGUGCAUUCGGUAUUGUGUGCGCUGCCGAGGACACCCAUGCCAACAGGAAGGUGGCCAUCAAGCGUAUCAUGUGCGCCUCUGACAAUCUCAAGGAGAGCAAGAGACUCCUAAGAGAGCUAUACCUACUCAGACAUCUUAAGCAUGAGAAUAUCAUUCAGGUUCUCGACUUGUACAUGUUAAAGACGACACCAAAGCAUGAGAGCGAGGAUGUUUACAUCGUCUCGAACUUGAUGGACACUGAUCUCCAUCAGAUCAUCGCCUCGCCUCAAAAGUUGUCCGAUGAUCAUAUUCAAUUCUUUGUGUAUCAGACACUAAGGGCACUCAAGUUUAUCCAUUCUGGCGAUGUACUACACAGAGACUUGAAACCAAGCAACCUGUUGGUUAAUGAGGACUGCAUGAUAAAGGUAUGCGACUUUGGUCUAUCACGUGAGGAGACACCAUCAGAGGUUGGUACCAUGUCAGAGUAUGUGGCCACUAGAUGGUACCGUGCUCCAGAGGUCAUCCUUGCAUGGAACCGUUAUUCCAAGGCUAUUGAUAUUUGGUCAGUAGGAUGUAUAUUGGCAGAGCUCAUUGGAAGGACACCAAUAUUCAAGGGCAAAGACCAUGUCCACCAAAUCAAGACAAUCGUUUACCUUCUUGGAAUACCCUGCCAAGAGGAUAUAGACCAGGUUGAGAAUCCAAAUGCCAGAGACUUUAUUCGUUCAUUGGUGGCCAAGGGCAAGACACCAAAGACAUUCAAAGAGUUGUAUCCCGAUGCCAACCCACUGGCCUGGGAUCUGCUGGAGAAGAUGCUGAUGUUCAAUCCAAACAAGCGUAUCAAUGUCGAGCAGGCCUUGGCCCAUCCAUACUUUAAGGAUCUGCACGCAGAGAAUGACGAGCCCAUUUGUCUCAGGAGGAUUCAGAUGUGCUUUGAGAACUGGGCUCUCAACAAAGACAUCCUCCUCGACCUGUUAAGGAAUGAGAUCUCAUUCUACAGACCCAGGGACAAAGACACACCGCUGCAGCAUGCCGAUGGCGAUCUCUUUGCACAACUUCAACAACAACAGAAUGAUCUCAUUACCAAGAUAAGACAGGAUAACAUUGAUCAACAAAAGGCUGGCGAGGUACAACAACAACAACAUCAGCAACAACAACAACAUCAACAACAACAACAACAGCAUCAACAGCAACAUCAACAACAGGAUAUCAAGGACGCAGGUGGCGUACAAAUGGGUGCAAUGGAUCCAUUGGCUCAGGAGGAGAUGCGAUUGAUGGUUAUCGAGCAAGAGAAUAAGAAGAUGAUCGAGAAUCUCCAGCAUCAACAAUCAAAGUAUAGUCCAGAUGACGAGUUCUGGAGGGGCAUCCAAUUCCAGAUUGAGGCUGUCACUGUCGAUCUCAAGGCCCUAGAGGAGCAAUUGAAACUCAUCCGAUGGCAGAGGAAUCCAGCGGCCAUUGUACAAUAG